AUGUCUACUACAUCAUCAGCUGGAGCUGCGGCAGGGACUACAAACCCUCACCCUAUCCCCCUCACCGAAUCUGAAGUCCUGAUCCGCGGGUUCCUAGCCGCUAACCCCGAUCUUGACAAGGGCCCAAUCGAAAUGAUGACUGAUCGGUAUACAAAUGAGGAGUGGAAGGCGCAGAUUGAUGAGACGGUCAAGAAUGUGUUGAAAGAGGUUGCUAGUGGGGUGAGGGCGAAGAAGGUGUACGAGGGGCCAAGCAUGCGAAAUGGCGAGGAGGCGUUGAAGCAGUUGGCCAAGACAGUAGAUCAUACAGUACUCAAGUUGGAUGCUACGAGUACUGUGAUUGAUGGGUUGUGCUCUGAGGCCAGAACUGAAGGGUUCAAGUCUGUAUGCGUGCGACUGAACUGGGUCCAACGCUGCGUCAGCGACCUUAAAGGCUCGGAUGUCCUCGUAGCCUGUGUCGUUGGUUUCCAUGAAGGAACCCAAGACACGUACUCCAAGUUGCGUGAAGCACGCGCUGCCGUCGCAGUAGGAGCAGCAGAACUAGACGUUGUGCUCAACCACUCUCUGCUCACAAAGCAUAACCGUCCUGCUUCCCCCCCCGCAAGAGUCAUCACUACCAGGGACUCUGCUAUUGACAGCAUCACCGCAGCAAACACGGCCAUCAACGCCGGCAGCAACAGCGGCAGCGCGAGCGGACCUGAUGAAGACGAGAUCCCAGACUACAGUGCCAUUUAUAGGGAGUUGGCAAGCAUAAGGAGCCUCUGCCCUGCUCCUACAACGCUUAAACUUAUCCUCGAAACUUCACAACUCAACUCAUCCCAAAUCUUGGCUGCGUCGCACCUCGCUGCCGCCGCGUCAUUUGAUUUUAUCAAGACUUCCACUGGCUUCAAUGGCCCUGGUGCUAACUUGCCCAACGUUCAGCUCAUGGUCGCUGCGGCAGAAUAUCUUGCUGCUCAGCGUGUCGGUAACAAGAAGAUGGAGGUCAAAGCGAGUGGAGGCGUUAGGGACCUGAGUACCGCGAUCAAGAUGCUAGAGGCGGGCGCGACGCGAUUGGGCACGAGUUCAGGACUCUGGAUCAUGCAGGAAGCGAGGGCUAAGGUGGGCGAGGACAAGGUUGCAGCUGGGAUCGGGUCGGACAAGUCAAGCAGACCAUCUCCCGGUACAAGGCUUUACACUGAUGAUUCGGUGUACUAG